AGGAGGAGGAGAAGGAGGAGGGAGGAGGAGAGGGAAGGAGGAGAAAGAAGAAAAGACAAAAGAUUCAUAAAACUAAACUAAAGCAGUUGUGGACGACAGCAAAAGUUCUCGUAAAACUCACCCUCUUACAAGUUUAAGGAAUGGGCAGCCUUCCAGUGGUCCUGCUCCUCUGCAGUUUCCACGCGUUCACAGCUGUUGCCCGAGCCCAGCAGCCCGAGAACACUGACACCACCUUGCCAGCCAACUGUAGGGAGGAGAUGUAUCCUUGCACCAGGAUGUACUCGGUUCACCGGCCCAUCAAGAGAUGUAUUGGUGCUCUUUGUCUCUACAGCCUUCCUCGUGUCUACGUGAUCAACAAUGAGAUCUGCAUGAGGACGGUGUGCCAACAGGAUGAGUAUCUGAAAGCCGAACUGUGCAGAGAGCUGUCCGGGUGGCCCAGGCGUGUUGAGAGGUCAUCUAAUAGGAAACGCUGUCGCAAUCGCCGUAGCAACCCCAAAACCUGGGCAAACGAGGCCUGAUGGGGCCCAGGAUGGCGAUGUGACCACCUCUGAGGAUGGAGCCUCAAACCAGGGACAUCGUCAAAUAAAAACAGCCCAUAACACCAUAAAUCAACCACUUGACACCUGUGGGUGUUUUUUUUUCUCUUUCACACGUACACACAAGUGUGCAGAGUCAUAUCUAUGUUUAUGUAUUAGUCUUUUGAGUGUGAAAUAUUGAAGCUCAUUUCAUGUGUUUUUUGACACAGAUCAUGUCUUCCGUGGUUUACGAUCCAUUAAAGGUACUGUAGUAAUGGG